GUGAUGAUCCUUGUGGUGCUGUUCUUCGUGCUUCUGACAGCCUCAGCCUUGCUCAGCGCAUAUGCACCACGGAUCACCCACGAUGGCGCAGGCACAGCCGCAGCCAGCCUGCUCGCCUUCGCACUUUUCUUCUUCCUUGUUGUGAUGUUGACAUGGAGCUACUUUGCAUGCGUCCUACUGGAGCCUGGCAAGGUGCCUCAAGGUUGGUCUCCUUUCGAGACUGAUGAGGCGGACAGGCUGGAGAGCGGCAGCCACCGGCAGGACAAGGGGCUCACCGGCACGGGGCGGCCGCGGUACUGCAGGAAGUGCCAGGCGUGGAAGCCGGAGCGGGCGCACCACGACAGCAUGCUGGGGCGCUGUGUGCUGCGCAUGGACCACUACUGCGUCUGGGUGGCCAACAGCGUGGGCCUGCUCAACUACAAAGCCUUCCUGCUCUUCCUCUUCUACACAUUUCUGGCAUGCUUGCUCGGCGCCUCCAUGCUUCUUGGCGAUGUGGCGCGCUUCUUCAAGGGCAUCGACGCCGCCAGCCCCGACAACGCCGGCAGGUUUGCGCUGACGAUGAUAGCGUUUGUGGUGGACCUGGCGUUCAGCCUGAGCCUUGGGGGACUGCUGGCGAUGCAUGCGCGCAUGGUGUGGCUCAACUACACCACGAUCGAGAUGUUUGAGAAGCAGCGAGCCGCACAGUGGCCGUACGACCGCGGGGCCCGGCGCAACUUUGAGGAGGUCUUUGGCACCAGGUUUUGGCGGUGGUGGGUUCCUACAUAUACAGCAGCGGAGAAGGCGCGGAUGUUGGAUGCCACACUCAAUGGGCACCCCUCCUCAACCGCCACCGAGUUUGCUGCUUUGUAGUGCUGUGUACAUGUACCAUGAAAAGGCACAGGACGGGUUAGGGGAGCUAGAGUUGUGCCUUGUGCAAUAGCAGGGACGGUUUUGUUCUCACUGGACGGUUUUGUUCUCACUUCUGGUAGAAGUUGGAGGCUUGAGCGCGGAGCUAAGCUAGCAGGCUGUUUGAGAAAAGCUGGCAUGUAGAUUAGACAUAGCCCCUUGCCCUUAAUGGCGUUGCCUGAUUGCACAUAUAUUUGGGCGGGCUGACAUAGAAUAAAUGUAUUUAAGCUGACGUUUGACUCAUAGCAAGUCACUCUUUGAGUGUGUUGCAACCAGUUGACAAUCAGAUUUUGAUGGCUGUACAGCCCAUAAUAUAAAACAUGGAGGUUUUGUGCGCACGUGCAAUUCCAGGAUGCAAGUAUUGUCAAUGGCCAGCGGCAGUUUGAAAAAACCUGUUCGUUAUCUAGGAGCUUGUUCAAGAAGUUGUGGUUUUGAUACAAGCCGAUCAGCAAGCUGUCCAAAUUGUUGUUAAUUGGCAAAUUUCUAAUAUUAUGAAGGGAAACAUGUUCUGUUGCUUUACUGCAACUGACGCGUCUCUUAUAUCAUGUAAAUCCAGUCCAGUCAAUC